GCCGCCCCGCCGAGGCGCGGGGCGCUGCGGGCCCGCUGACCGCGUCCCCCCGAGGGGCUCCCCCGCGGCCAUGGCGCCCGCCUGGCCCUGGCUGCUGCUGCUGCUGCUGUGGCUGGGGGUCGUGCGCGCCCUCCCGGCCCCGCCGCGCAUCCGGCUGCCGCUGCGGGGCGGAGCGGCCCCGCCGUCGGGGCUCCGGCAGCGCCGGGCGCCGCUGGACGCCGAGACCGAGCGCGCCGGCAGCUUCGUGGAGAUGAUCGACAACCUGCGGGGCAAGUCCGGGCAGGGGUACUAUGUGGAGAUGACGGUGGGCAGCCCCCCGCAGAAGCUGAACAUCCUGGUGGACACGGGGAGCAGUAACUUUGCUGUGGGAGCUGCGCCACACCCCUUCCUCCGGAGAUACUACCAGCGGCAGCUGUCCAGCACCUACCGCGACCUGCGGAAAGGGGUGUAUGUGCCCUACACCCAGGGCAAGUGGGAAGGGGAACUGGGCACUGACCUGGUCACCAUCCCCCACGGCCCCAAUGUCACUGUCAGAGCCAACAUUGCUGCCAUCACAGAGUCAGACAAAUUCUUCAUCAAUGGCUCCAACUGGGAAGGGAUCCUGGGGCUGGCGUACGCUGAGAUUGCCCGGCCUGACGACAGCCUGGAGCCCUUCUUUGACUCCCUGGUGAAGCAGACUCGGGUGCCCAACAUCUUCUCCCUGCAGCUGUGUGGGACGGGCUUCUCGCCCAACGAGACGGAGGCCGUGGCCUCGGUGGGAGGCAGCAUGAUCAUCGGCGGCAUCGACCGCUCGCUGUACGUGGGGGACAUCUGGUACACCCCCAUCCGCAAGGAGUGGUACUAUGAGGUCAUCAUUGUCAAGCUGGAGGUCAACGGGCAGGACCUGAACAUGGACUGCAAAGAGUACAACUAUGACAAGAGCAUCGUGGACAGUGGGACCACCAACCUCAGGCUGCCAAAGAAGGUGUUUGAAGCUGCAGUGAAAUCCAUCAAAACAGCAUCUUCGACGGAGAAGUUCCCGGAUGGCUUCUGGCUGGGGGAGCAGCUGGUUUGCUGGCAGGUCGGCACCACCCCCUGGCACAUCUUCCCGGUCCUGUCCCUCUACCUGAUGGGGGAGGCCACCAACCAGUCCUUCCGGAUCACCAUCCUGCCCCAGCAAUACCUGCGCCCGGUGGAGGACGUGGCCACUUCUCAGGACGACUGCUACAAGUUUGCCAUCUCCCAGUCCUCCACCGGCACCGUCAUGGGCGCCGUGAUCAUGGAGGGCUUCUACGUGGUCUUCGACCGUGCCCGCAAGCGCAUCGGCUUCGCUGUCAGCGCCUGCCACGCAGUGCACGACGAGUUCCGGACGGCCGCGGUGGACGGGCCCCACCUGCACUCCAACAUGGAGGACUGCGGCUACAACAUCCCGCAGACGGACGAGUCCACCCUGAUGACCAUCGCCUACGUCAUGGCAGCCAUCUGCGCCCUCUUCAUGCUGCCCCUCUGCCUCAUGGUGUUCCAGUGGCGAUGCUUCCGCUGCCUGCGCCGGGACCACGACGACUUCGCCGACGACAUAUCCCUGCUGAAGUGACGGCGGAGCGCGGGGCCGCAGGUGAGGGGCCUGGUCCGGGGGCAGGACAGCAGCGUGGGGAGCUCAGACCCUCUGCCCAGGACUCGGGGACUCGGUGUGCGCCAGGGCCAGCAGCCGGGAACGGCUGUGGGAGCCCCGUGUCCGGGCUCUGUUCAUCUGAGACCCACAGCAAGAGCUUGAUG